CGAGACGGGCGGCGGUGAACCGACAGCCCGACCGGCGGACGGCGACAGGGCGACGGGCCGGGGUCGGCCGGGCGCGCGCCGUGCAGCCGCCAUGACAGGAUGGUUUUUGCUAUAUAGGUCCCUUUUAGGAUGAAAAACAAGAAACAUCAGUGGAAUUUGGAUAAGAAUUACACUGACUCUGUAGACUACUUUGGGAGCAUUGUCAUCUUCACAACGUUAAAUCUUCCAAUCCAUGAACAGAGGUCUGUCCCAGGGAAUGUUCUGUGUGCACUUGAGAAGAAUGUGUACUGGCCCACCUCAGAGCUAUCGUGGGUUUGCUUCCAGACAAUAAGUAACUGUUCCACCACAGUAAAACAGAUACUGCAAUCAAAGCAGACCUACUGUGACCGGCUGGUCCAGGACACACCUUUCCUGAUGGGCCAUGGACGCCUCAGUGAGCAGCAGGUGGACAGGAUCAUCCUCCAGCUGAACCGCUACUACCCCCAGAUACUCAGUAACAAGGAUGCGGAGAAGUUCCGGAACCCCAAGGCGUCCCUGCGCAUGCGGCUCUGUGACCUCCUGGGUCAUCUGCAGCGGAGCGGCGAGCGGGACUGCCAGGAGUUCUACCGGGCCCUGUACAUCCACGCCCAGCCCCUGCACAGCCGUCUGCCCAGCCGGCUCGCCCUGCAGAACUCAGAUUGCACAGAGCUAGACUCAGGCACCGUGGGCCGCGAGCUCAGUGACAGGGGACCCGUGGCCUUCCUGGCCUGCCUCGGCCUGGCCGCAGGGCUGGCGCUCCUCGUCUACUGCUGCCCUCCAGACCCUAAGGUGCUGCCGGGGGCCCGGCGUGUCCUGGGCUUCUCCCCUGUCAUCGUCGACAGGCACGUCAGCCGCUUCCUGCUGGCCUUCCUCACAGAUGACCUGGGAGGGCUCUGACGACCCCCGCCUGCCCACCACCCACCAAAGAAGUCCCACCUGCCCGCCCAGGGGCCUGCCACUUCUUUUCUAAAUCCUUGUUUUUCACUAUUUAUACUUUUUUAAAGAAAGUUGCCUUCACCUGACGAAGGUGCUCAACAAUAUUAAAUGUUGGAGUCUUGUCCUUUU